AUGCGCCAUAGCUUCUUUUCGCUGCUGCUUCUGGGCAGUAGCUGCAUCGCCGCAACACCCGAGAAGGAUAACUGCAAAUGUUUUCCUGGGGACUCUUGCUGGCCUACUGAGUCUGAAUGGGGCCGUCUCAAUAGUACCGUUGAUGGACGAUUGGUUGCUACUGUGCCAUUGGGUUCGCCAUGCCACGAUCCAACCUUCAAUGCUGAGGAGUGCGCGCACUUGCAAAGUGAGUGGCAUUAUUCGUCGAUCCAUUCCAAAUCAUCUUCUUCUAUAAUGGCCACUUUAUUUGCCAACCAGAGCUGUGAUCCCUUCCAGCCGAGAGAAAAGCCCUGUACGCUUGGCAAUUAUGUCCGCUACACCGUGAAUGCCACAUCUACCGAACAUGUUGCGGCUGCUAUCAAGUUCGCCCAGAAGAAAAACGUCCGCUUCGUGAUUCGAAAUACUGGCCAUGAUUAUCUGGGUCGUUCAAUUGGCGCAGGUGCGCUAGCUGUGUGGACUCACUACCUCAAGGGCACUGAAGUAGUUGACUGGGAUGACGACGAGUACAAAGGCAAAGCUCUAAAAGUUGGAGCUGGUGUUCAGGGUUUCGAGGCACUUGCAGCUGCUCAUGCGGAGGAUCUAGUCGUUGUCACUGGCGAGUGCCCUUCCGUCGGUCUCGCGGGAGGCUAUACCCAAGGAGGUGGCCACUCAGCACUGAGCACCAAAUUUGGUCUUGCAGCGGAUAACGCACUCGAGUUCGAAGUUGUGACUGCCAAUGGAAAACUUGUUAAGGCUAAUCGAAGCCAUAAUAAGGACUUGUACUGGGCCUUGAGCGGUGGCGGAACUGGCAACUAUGGUGUUGUCGUCUCAGCUACUGUCAGAGCUCAUCCAGAGGCCAAAGUCAGUGGUGCCAAGUUUCUUAUCACAGCACCUGAAGGAAAACCAGAGUUGAUAUACGACGCUAUCGACGCUUAUCACGCUGCGCUUCCAAAGAUUGUUGACUCUGGUAUUAUGAUCAUCUAUUUCUUCUCCGACUCGUUUCUACAAAUCCCUGCCAUCACCGCCUACAACAAGACUGAGGCAGAAGUCAAGAAGAUCCUCCAGCCUCUUGCCGAUUCUUUGACUGGUCUUGGUCUCAAGUUCGAACCAACGUUUACUCAAUAUGCAAGCUACUACCAGCAUUACGACCACUACUGGGGGCCUCUUCCUGCGGGUAACAUUCAAGUCGGCACACAGCUCUUCGGAGGACGUUUACUACCCCGGGAUAAACUCAAAGACUUUUCGCCAACUGCGCGCAAGCUCGCCGAGAUGGGAGUCAUAUACAUCGGCGUUGGACUCAACGUAUCCAAAUUUGGAAGCAAGAAUGCGAACGCGGUGUUACCCCAGUGGCGAAGCUCUAUAGUCCAAGUAUCUCUCACCCUUCCAUGGGACAACGAAGCACCUUGGGAAGAGAUGUUGGCAAGGCAGAGAAGAAUCACGGAUGAGAUUCAGCCUGUGAUCGAGGCUGCGACACCAGGUGGCGGAGCUUACAUCAACGAGGCGGACUUCCAGCAACCAAACUGGCAGGAGACUUUCUAUGGUGCGAACUAUGACAAGCUACUGAAUAUCAAGAAGAAGUACGACCCCAAGGGCUUUUUCUACGCCACUGUGGCUGUUGGUAGUGAGGCUUGGACUGUUGCGGGUGAUGGACGCAUGUGCAGGGCGAAAUCCUGA